AUGGCGCUCUCAGAACGUGAAAACUCACCAAGUGACGCAGAAACAGAGCCCCAAGGCCAAACAGAGGAACUUGCCGAGUUCUCUCCUUCACUCAUCACCAUUGACACGUUCAGUGAUCUCCUUGCACGCUACCCUACCACCGUAGAAACGGUGAUAAGACGCAAGGAGACGGCAAGGGCCAUCAAAGCAGCCACAGCCCGAGAGAAGAAGACGAGAAGAAAGGAAAAGAAACACGCAGCAGAUUCUGCUGCCUCGCAGCCUACUCUGACACCCGAUGAGGAAAAGUAUAUAGACAACCAAGUCCGGGCGUACCUGGCUCUGGACGAGUUGCGGUACAAGACACUACCAGCGCGGGUGCGGGAGAGAGCCACCGCUGCCGCUGAGGCUACAGCUACAGAAGGGAAAGAAUCCAAGACAAAUGUCUCCGGAUACCUAGAGAAAGAUGAGUUGGUGCAGUUGAUGGAGUGGAAGCUAAAACACGGUGUCUACCGUCCCACGCUCCUCGGCCUGGUCUGCUCGAACCAGGCUGCUCUCGUCCGCCGGACGACGGCCUCUGCGUUCGCUACUGUCCCGGCAUCAGAUCCAAUGGCCGAUCUGGUCGCAUUCCCCAAACAAAGCCUAGAGACAUUGACCGCUCCGCUGCGCGGCGUGGGUCCCGCAACGGCUUCGCUGAUCCUGUCUGUCGCGACGGCGGUGGCGCCGUUCUACAGCGAUGAUGUCUUUCUUUGGCUUUGCUGUGGUGUGUUUCCCUCUUCUGCUGACGCCGCCGCCGAGGAUGAUGGGCCAAAGAAGGGCGGAGUAUCCAGGCGGAUACGUCCGAACGGCGAACUCAACGUCAAGUAUAACAUGCAGGAGUACCGGCAGCUCUGGGAGGCUGUGCGGCGGCUGCGGGCUAGACUGGCUGCGCAGUCUUCAGAGGGGGUUUCCUGUGCGGAUGUUGAGAAAGUGGCGUUUGUGCUGAGGCAUUAUGAUGUCUCUGGUUAUUCCGUUGAGGAUGGCCCUGCUUCUGCUCAGGGAGUUGAGGAGACGAAACGGAAGUCUGACCAGGAUGUUCAAGCGGGGGAGGAAAGAAGCUCGAAAAGAAGACGAUGAGCUUUUAUUUCGCUUUUUGAGGAUGAUAAUGCCGGGAUAUGGAAAUUCAUGUACUUGUAAGUCUGAUUAAUGCAGAGUGAAUUGCGUAUGUUCUCUCUCUGAAAGAAAUGGCAUAUUACAGAUUACUUCAAUGAGAUCAAAUAUAGUACAUGCUCCUCAGCAUCGC